CACCGCCGCCCGGCCCCGUCCCCCGCCCGCGCCGGCCCGCGGCCGCGGUUCUGAGCGCGCGCGCGCCCCUCUCCCCUCCCCUCCCCCCCGGCUCGGAUUCCGUUCGGUGCCCUCGCUCGCCGCGCCGCGCCGGACCAAGGGGGCGCUGCCUGGUGCCGCAGAUGCGAGGCGGGGAGAAAUGCAGAAGUCGCGGAGAGACCUCAUGAAGAGGAAGGCGGCGGCCAAGGCGCACGAGCAGAGCGCGGGCGCGGCCGCCGGGAUGAGGCGGCGGCGGCUGUACGGCUUCUCCGCCUCGCUCGUCGUCGCGUCCUGGGCCGCGCUCCUCAUCCUCAACUCGCUCGUCGGCCACGGCGACGGUCAACGCGAUGGUGGAGACCCGAUUGUUGCCAUUCCCAUUGCUGGGCCUGGGCCUACAAUGAAUGAAGGUUCUGUUAGUCCUGAUGUUGUACACCAGGAGCAUGAGGAGAAUUUGGCGGUGUCUGGUGACACAUGUGUUAAACUUGAUGAAAGUGUCUUGCUUUCAGAAGAGACAGUGCUGCAGGAAGAUGAAGUGUGUUCCAAGGAUGAUGCUGGAAGUGAUGACAUGGAAGCUGUAACCAAGGAUGAUCAAAUUGAUCUGUCAGAAGGUCAGGCCGAAGAACAAACUGUAACCAAGGAUGAUCAAAUUCACCUGUCAGAAGGUCAGGGUCAGGAAGGUGCUCUGACCAAGGAUGAUCAAAUUGACCUGUCAGUAGGUCAGGGUGCGGAAGAAGCUCAAACAAAUGAUGAUCAAAUUGAGCAGUCAGGAGGUCAGGGUGAGAGUCCUCAUCUGACAAACAUUGAUUCUGUACCUCACCCAGUGGAGAAGGUGGAUGCUGAAGAUGUUCCCAAACCAGCAAGAUUGGCACGGGUUGUCCCUCCUGGUCUCGAUGAAUUCAAGACGAGAGCAAUUGCUGAAAGGGGAAAGGAUGCCUCUAGUCAAACUGGCCAUGUGAUCCACCGAAGGGAACCUAGUGGUCAGUUGUACAAUUAUGCUUCGGCCGCUAAAGGGGCAAAAGUUCUGGAUUUUAACAAGGAGGCCAAAGGCGCUUCCAAUAUUCUAGACAAAGAUAAGGAUAAGUAUCUCCGCAAUCCUUGCUCCGUGGAGGGGAAAUAUGUCAUCAUAGAGCUUUCUGAAGAAACCUUGGUAGAUACCAUUGCAAUUGCAAAUUUUGAGCAUUACUCUUCUAAUUUAAAAGAAUUUGAAAUGCUGAGCAGUCUUAUUUAUCCCACAGAAAACUGGGAAACACUUGGGAGAUUCACUGUCGCAAAUGCGAAGCAUGCUCAGAAUUUCACAUUUCCCGAGCCAAAGUGGGCGAGGUAUUUGAAGUUCAAUUUGCUAAGCCAUUAUGGUUCUGCAAGCUAUUGUACACUGAGCAUGCUUGAGGUGUAUGGAAUGGAUGCUGUGGAAAAGAUGCUCGAGAACUUGAUUCCAGUUGAGAGUAAAAAUGCUGAAUCUGAUGACAAAUCGAAGGAGCCGAUUGAGCAACCACCUUUGAAGGAGCCUAGUGGUGGAAAAGACUCCUCACAGGAACCCCUUGAUGAAGAUGAAUUUGAGGUAGAAGAUGAUAAGCCAAAUGGAGAUUCAUCAAGGAAUGGUGUUCAUGAUCAGAUUGUAGAGACAAGGACACUUCAGGCUGGCAGAAUUCCUGGAGAUACAGUUCUUAAGAUACUGAUGCAGAAAGUUCAGUCUCUUGAUGUGAGCUUUUCUGUAUUGGAGCGGUACCUAGAGGAACUCAACAGCAGAUAUGGACAAAUUUUUAAGGAUUUCGAUUCUGAUAUUGAUAGCAAAGAUGCACUCUUGGAGAAGAUAAAAUUGGAGUUGAAGGAGCUUCAGAGCAGCAAAAAUGACUUUGCGAGAGAUAUUGAAAGUAUCCUUUCAUGGAAGUCAGUUGCCUCCUCACAGUUAGACCAACUUGUCCUGGAUAAUGUUAUACUCAGAUCUGAGUAUGAGCGAUUUCGGGAUAAGCAGGUUGACCUGGAGAAUAGGAGCUUUGUUGUUAUAUUCCUGUGUUUUAUUUUUGGAUGCUUAGCCAUAGCUAAAUUGUCCAUAGGUAUGAUAUUCAAUAUUUGUAGAUUAUAUGAUUGUGAAAAGUUGGAUAGGGUAAAAUCCGGAUGGCUUGUGCUGCUGCUGAGCAGCUGCAUUGUGGCCUCCAUUUUGGUAAUACAGUGAUGUGUGUACUCAUCUCCAUAUAAUCGCGGCUGCAUAUUGUAAUUCCAUGAGGUAUCUAAUUCAAAAAAGAUCACAUCUCUGAGAUAUUACAAGAAUAAAAUCUCAGUACAGAUUAUCUAGCCUCA